AAAAUGAUGCAUUUGAGGAGACUUGUUGUACGAAAUAGGAGACAAACUUCAGGAUUAAAGUCGAUUUUGUUUAAUAGAUCUAAGAUGAUAAUGUCAAAUCAUCUCAGCUCUCAAUAUUUCUGUACUCAUUCUAAAGAUAUCCAAAACAAAGUGCUCUCAGAUAUUGAAAAAGGAGGAACCUUUGAUGCUAGAAAGAGGACUCCAAGAAUUAUAUCAAAUGAGCUUAGAGAGAAGAUCCGUGAGCAUCAAAGUAGUAGUGAAGGAGAAUACAUGUUCAGCUCUGUUAGAAAGAAAGACAUGCUUAAAGACUCAAUCAACACAUCAACCACUGCUUUCUCAACUUCGUACAAUGGCGCUUUUUCAGGAAUUAAAUAAUGAAGAGCAUAAUUUACAGAAUGCUUUCACAACUGAUGCACAGGGAGGUAUUAAAAUGUCCUUCAGCAGUGGUUCUUCUGGGAGGCACAGUCUUUCUGAGUUCGGUUCUUCUAGAGAGGACACCUUCAAAGCAAUUACUAGCCGUAAAAUUAACACAAGGAUCAAGAAUAUCAUCAAAAAAGGGAAAACAACUACUCAAAAAGAACCUAUUAUUGAAGAGAUGCCACUUGACCUCCGUGAAGAGGAAAUUGAUGGGGAAAUUUACUUCUUCAACAAGAAUAAUCACCGAGUCACAAGAGAAGGCAUCCUCAUUAGGAACCAAGAGGAUAUCCAGAAAAUAGACUAUAGCGAGGAUGGAAUCAAUGGUGCAAUUUUAAACUUAGAAAUCCCUGGAACUACUAUUAUCCGCUCUAGAGAAGAAGCUAAAAAGGCAGUAGAGAUACUUAAAAGAUAUCCCAAAAGAGUCCAUGCAUGGGAUACUGAGACUAUCAACGUCGAUGUCAAGAAGGAAAGCAUUAUCGGAAAGGGAACUAUUAUUUGUGCCUCUUGCUUCAUUGGUCCGGAUGUAAACUUUGGAAACGGCCCCAGACUUUUUAUCGAUAACUAUGCUGACGCAGAAGAUGUUAUUAUGGAGUUUAAAGAGUACCUCGAAGACCCAAAUUACUUCAAAGUCUGGCAUAACUACGGAUUCGAUAGGCAUAUCUUCUUCAAUCAUGGAAUUGAUGUUCAAGGGUUUGGAGGAGAUACCAUGCACAUGGCAAGACUUGCAGAUCCCUCUUCAGGUCCAGGACAGUAUUCCUUGGCUAAUCUCUCAAAGGCUUAUGAGGAUGAUAUCGUUAAGACUAAAAUGGCCAAGAUAAAUUCAAUGCUGAAUGACCCCAAUUUGGAUAAAGAAUCAAAAAAAAAUUUAAUGUUUUACAAUGAGAAUUUUACAAGAAUUCAAAAAUUCAACAUGCGCAAACUUUUUGGGUACUACAAAAUGCUGAAGAACGGAAGUGUUGGAAGAGUAAUCAUAUUUCCAGAAAUCCUAGAAAUGCAUACGAAUCCAUUGUUCAUCAAAGACUGGGUAGAAUACUCCUGUUUCGAUGCAGAAAUCACUUACUUCUUGAGGGAAACUUUGAGGAUUAAGCUAACUCAGCUGAAAUGAGAUGCUGAAAGUAUGAGGCAUAAUUAUAAUCUUUACCUCAAAUACUGGAGACCUUUCGGAGAAGUUCUGACUGACAUGGAAAGAUAUGGAUUUAAGCUCGAUCUGAUGUAUCUCAAAAAUAUGCAAGUUCAGGCGGAAAAUGAUAAAAAGGCUCACGAACAAGCCUUUCUUAAUUGGGUAAGAGAGAAUCAAGAUGAUGCUAAGGAGUUUAAUCCUGGAAGUACGCAGCAAAUGCAACAUCUUUUGUUUGCUCCUUACUUCAAAGAAAAUGUCAAUCCUACAAGCACAAACUUUGAAGAAAUGAUGGAGCAAGGGAACUAUUUUCCAAGAGUCAGAUCUUUUAGGGUAGAGAACCUCUCUGGUGAAAUAAAAGAGGGACGAGAGAAGCCACUGAAAUACAGAGAUAUGUACAUCUCAGGCUUUGGUAUACCACCUGUAAAAUAUACACCCUCUGGUCUCCCAUCAGCCGAUGCUGAUAGUAUUACAAGACUUGUAGGAGAUCCUCAUAAUGGGAAGUUUGGCCAUGCUUAUGACUACUUUGCUAAUAAACUUGGAGAAAAAGCUAAAGGAAAAGAGCUUUGAUUUGCUCUUGAUCAUUGGGUGAAGCUAAAAUCUAUCGAUAAACUGCUUCAAACAUACAUAAUUCCUUUACAGAGAUCAGUUGGUACUGAUGGAAGGAUUCAUUGAUCUCUAAACAUCAAUACUGAAACAGGAAGAUUGUCUGCCAGGAAGCCAAAUUUGCAAAACCAACCUGCCCUCGAUAAGGAUGUGUACCAAAUUAGGAAGGCUUUUAUUGCGGAAAAGGGAAACAAGCUUAUCGUUGCAGAUUAUGGCCAACUUGAGCUCAGAAUCCUUGCCCAUAUGACCAACUGUAAACAAAUGAUUGAGGCCUUCAAAUUGGGAGGAGAUUUCCACUCCAGAACAGCUAUUUCAAUGUACCCUGAGAUCAAAGACAAAAUAGAGAAUGGAGAAGUUCUUCUUGAAUGGGACUAUUCCAAAGGAAACCCACCAGCUCCAUUAGUAAAAGAUCUCUACGCUGCAGAGAGGAAGAAAGCAAAAAUUAUGAAUUUCUCAAUUGCUUAUGGGAAAACAGCUCACGGCUUCGCAAAUGAUUUCAACUGUACCAUUGAAGAGGCUCAAGAUGUGGUGGACAUCUGGUACAGAGAAAGACCCGAAGUCAAGGAAUGGCAAGAAAAUGCCCAACAUAUUGCAAGCACUGAAGGCUGGACUAAGACUCUCUUAGGAAGAUUUAGAAACCUCUCACGGUUUUUUAAAGGCAGAAGAACUAGAAAUCAGGGAAUGAGAAGAGCAAUCAACACUCCCAUCCAAGGUGGAGCAGCUGAUGUAGUAAUCGCUGCAAUGGUAAAAAUUGCUAAAGAUCCCAUUCUAAAAGAACUUGGCUACACACUUCUGCUUCAGAUUCAUGAUGAAGUAAUCCUCGAAGGACCAGAAGAGACUUCAGAAGAAGCUCUUCAAAGAGUGAUUCAAAUAAUGGAAAACCCUCUUGAUGAGCCAUUGCUCAUCAAACUUGAAGUAGAUGCUUCCAUUGGAAAUAACUGGUAUGAAGCUAAAUAA